AUGCAAUUAUUGUGUAACAAAGUUGCCGAUCUAAGAGAGGCUCCAUUUACGAAGGAGAUGUCAUUUGACUCAUACUCACUGAGUCAAAUCAGCUUGUCAGUUGUGAAGCAACCAAAAUGCCAUCAAGGUGUACAUUUUUAUAAACCCCCAGAAGCACUUAAUGAGAUUGAUCGACUGAUUUUUGUUGAAGGAGAUGGUAUUACCCCAUUGGGAGCGUUGCAAAAGGUUCAACAUAAUGUUAAGGAAAAUUCAAAUUAUGCUCAAAGGUCAUGGAGCCGCCAUUAG